AUUUUACAUCACCUCCCCUCCCCUCCCCUCCCUUCCCCUCCAUUAAAAUCCCUCCCCUCCCUUCCCCUCCAUUGAACCAAACACACCCUUGGGGAGGGGAUGAUGGUUAACAAGCGAGGUCCAAAAAACCCGCAGAUGUAACAGCACGUGUGACGACGUAGAGAGAGCGAGCGAUGGUGGUAGAGGUAGCGGAAAGGCCCUGUGUAGGAGCUUCAAUCUCUGGUCUCAUUCGUUCUUUAAUGGCGACAACACACAAUGCCAUAAUUUUUAUCUCUCUUCGUUUACACUUUGGAGAACCAUUCAAUCUUCAGGCGGCACGCAUUGCCGUGAGGGCACAAAAAGGGGAAAGCAAUUCUCCCCGGAAGAAUUCGGCGGAGCUCAAUUUUCUGGCGUUUCUGAACUUCCAACGCCUCAACGCCGGAAAUUCCUCCGCAGAAUGGCUUUACCACCAUCGGGCUCAAGAACAAGCCCGCCACCUCCUCCUCCGGCUGACGACCAGCCAACCCCAUCCUCCCCGCCACCAGAUCCAUCUCUGCCGCCUCCCGCCGCCCCAUCCCCGGGCUCUGGUAGGAAUCCGGCCUUCUCUCCGCCGCCACCCGGGGCAACUUCUGGCCAAUCACCACCUUCGCCAGCCAUCUCAACUCCGAGGUCAAAUGCCAAUAAUGAUGUCGGGCCCAGUCCCUCGUCGGGAGUGACGGUACGGAGUUAGUCGUAAUUUCAAGGAUCAUUGGCGGCGAAUAGUGAUUCUCGCGCUUAUGUUUGUCUGUAUAUUGUGCUUCACGAAGAAGAAGGACAAGAAACGGGAGUUUUAUUUGGAGCAAGGUCGCCCUCCUAAAGGCCCCAUCAAGAAAAAAGUCAGCCCAACCAUUGACCCACACAUGAAGAUCCCUAUCAACAACAGCAGUGAGGACAGGUCAAGUAGCCACUCAAACCACAACCCAUUCCAGCCUUCUAAUAUGGGUGGCUAUGGAGUUAACAGUUUUUGCACCUAUGAUGAGCUGGCGGCUGCAACUGGUGGGUUCUCUCAGGCCAAUCUGCUGGGUCAGGGAGGGUUCGGGUACGUGCACAAAGGGAUUCUGUCCAAUGGGAAGGAAGUAGCUGUUAAGAGCCUCAAGUCAGGCAGUGGGCAAGGGAGAGAGCAUCAUUAGCCGUGUUCAUCGUCGGUAUCUUGUGUCCCUUGUUGGGUACUGUAUUGCUGGUCAGCAGAGAAUGCUCGUCUAUGAGUUCGUGCCGAAUAAGACAUUGGAGUUCCACCUUCAUGGAGAACUCAUAUGUCUUGAUUACAGGUAUCUGGCUCCUGAGUAUGCAGCUAGCGGCAAGCUAACAGUAAAAUCUGACGUAUUCUCAUUCGGGGUCAUGCUCUUGGAAAUAAUCACCGGCCGUCGACCAGUGGAUCACAGCAAUAAGUCCAUGGAUAGUUUAAGCUUAGUAGACUGGGCAAGGCCACUCGCAACUAAAGCAUUGGAAACAAGGGAUUACAGUGAAUUAGUUGAUCGACGUCUCGAAGAUAACUAUGUUCCCCAUGAGAUGGCUCGUAUGAUCGCCUGUGCUGCUGCCUGCAUUCGCCAUUCAGCGAAAAAAUGCCCACGCAUGAGCCAGAUCGUACGUGCUCUGGAUGGUGACUCGUCACUAGAGGACUUGAAUGAGGGCGUUAAGCCGGGGCAAAGCCAAGCCUUCAACUCGAAGAGCUACGACACAGUGGCCUACAAUGCCGACAUGAUGAUAUUCCGGAAGAUGGUGAUGCCGAGCCAGGAGUUCAACAACACUGAGUAUGGGGCCACUAGUGAGUACGGUUUAAAUCCUUCAUCCUCGUCCGCCACUGACUCUGCAGAGCUCGAUUUAGAGAGCCCCCAAAAGCAAAAUCGAUAAGAUGAGGUUGGUAUAUGACCAUGUUAAGAGGCCAUGAACUAAUCUAUUGCUUGACAAUUUGGAAAGGAGAUGUGAGUUGAUUUAGCUGAAACAACUCAUGUAUUCUUUUGGCUUUUGGUUGCUCUUUCUUUUUUGUAAGUAUGAUUUUUGUUUGGUUGGUUUUGUUACAAGAAAAUGGAUUUGGGCUUAUUUUAUGUAGUGUGGUUAGGUUUGGGUGUAGUGUUUUGUUGGAGAUGAUUUGAACCUUUUUGAUGUUUAUUGAUAGGAAUUUGGGGAAUAUAUAGCAGACCCUAUGUUAUAUGAAACUUGGGUGUUUUCCUCUUUUAUCACUUUCUGGAAAACUUUGUUGUUGUGUGGGAACUCUCCCAAGUUUAGUUUGAGAUUACACGGACUGUUAUUUUGACCCGAUUCCUUCAUUUUGGCUCUUCAAAUCUAUCUUUAUAUUAAAGGGA